AUGACAGGCGAAGUGUUCGUCAUCACCGGCUGGCUGAUCGUCCCGGCGAUUGCCACGGCAUUGCUCCUUCCGUUCUUUUACGUGUUUGCCACUUGGGACCACGAGACGUUUCGACAAUACCCUUUGCUGCCUGGUCCAUUGGACUGGGGCUCGAAAGAGUUUCUGUUCCGGUGCUGGCUGUCCAAGUUCGUUCGGAUGGGAUGGACGUCGAGAGAUCGGCUCCUCGCCGCCUGUCCUCGCAUUGUGCUCCAGACCAAGUUCACCAUUCUCGACGCCGAAAUUGCCAACGUCAAGGCGUCCGUCGGUACGACGUCGACUUCUGACACCAUCAAGACGGUCCCGUUGCUCUUUCCACAGGUCAUAUGCGGGUACUUGCUCGUGCAGCUGCUGGGGAACUCGAACUUUCCAUGUCCUGUUGGCAACCUCACGUGGAAGCGACUCCACAUCACCCAGCUCCGCCAAAUGAGCGUCGAUGAAGAACUGAAUUGUUUGAUGGUCCUCAUCGGCAAGAAGCUCACGAGCGAAGGAAUCGAGUUCACCGUCCAAACUGAUUUGUUCGACGAUGUGGGGGUCGUGUGGCAGUCAUCGUUCUACUUCGUCGUGCCCCAUAAAGUACCAGCCUCGUCCGCCAUUCCUCUCGCUCGGCCAUCCAAUCCCGUUGAUGCCAACGUAAUGCACUCGACAAAAGACGGUGGCGAUGCGAAACAAGCAUCGACGAUUCGGCUCUCGUGCUCCCACGAGCGCUUGGCGCAGUUUGAUCUCGGAGGAGCGGUGGACAUUGAGAACCUAACGUCGAAGGGAUGGUGGGCUCCACCCGUUCCACGGCUGACCCCCCUGUGGCUCCUUUCCGCCGCCUCGACGGCCAUCGAAAGACAUGGGCUCGAAAUCGCGUACCCCAUCGUGUGUCAUGCAGAGGCCCGUGAAUCGACCCAGGAAGUGUCCCCUACCGCGGAUUUGAAUUGCGACGUGGCAGCAAAGUCCGAGGACGGGUCCACCAAGCUGAUAUCUUUUAAUGUGUCGACCUCGGGCCGCCCUGACCCCCUCGUCUUUGGGUACCUGCGGUCUGUCGGGAGGGUCAAACCAACGGACAACACGAUCACGUACGUGUCACUCAAGCGACGUAUUGGUUCGGACACUUCAUCGUUCGGGCCUUCGAAAGAACGUGGGGGUGCCGGUCCUGUCGUGACCGAACUCCAGGAUUGUAUCGUGUUUUCUGGUCGUGGCAUCGAUUUAUCCGAGAAAGGCGCCAACGUCAAGGAGAAACGUCAUGCUCCAUUUCACGAACUCAAUGUACCAAGUGUUUCGAUUCCAGAGACCCAACGGUACACGUUUGCGAUCGUGCUGAAAAAUACAUACCAAGUCAAGGACAUGUUGCGCGAGCGAUUCCCUGGAAAGCAAAUGAAGGCAACGCGGCAUCGCUUGGCCGAUCAAGUGGCUGCCAUGCAUCUCAAGUGCCUCCGGCGGCUAGUCCAAGCGGGUCUCGGUGUUAUCCUGCUCGACAACGACAACAGCAUUCCCCACGAAAACCAAAAGUACAACCAAACCAACAACAUUUGCGUGCUCAUCGAUCCGUACAAGGACAGCGACUUGUUGCUACAAGAAUUCAAACGCGAAAAGGACGAACUCGCGAUCAAGCGCGGGCAGGCUAACGCUCGAUUGGGUAUGGAAACGGUCGAGAGCGUCAAGAAUAUUUGCUUCUCGCCUGCAUUGGAGCUGCAGUUGACGCACAACAUCAUUCACAACGCGUUUCGCGACUACGACAAGGACGACUGGUCCAUCGAGCAUCAGCAAGAACUCACAUGCUGGGACGUCGUCGACGUGUGCUUCCCUCUUCACGACCGCGUCUUCAACAACUCGUUUUUUGCCGAGUAUCGCAAGAAAACGUUCGAGUUUCGCGUUAGCAAGGCGACUGCAGGCAACUCCGAGCGAUGGGCCAUCGAGGAAUUGCGUCUGCACUUUGGCGAGCGCGUGGCGUUCUUGUUUGCGUUCAUGCACAUUUACAGCAAAAUGCUGGGUCCACUCAUGGUCGUGUGCGUGCUCUAUUACUUGGGUUUUCGAUUCGUGUCGGGAUACGUGUGGAACUACUACUUGCUUGGUCUGGCCGUGCUCGGAUUCGGCGUGGUGAGUCUGUGGGCUCCGGCGAUGCUGCUCGUGUGGGAGCGCGAGACGCGGACGUUGACAGAGAAAUGGAACUUGGUCAAUUACAAAGACACGGUGUUCGAACGCAACGACGAAAACCCGAAAUUUGAAUACGUCUGGGUCAAAAACGAAAUCACGCACGAAAUGGAAAAACAGAUCAAGAAGUCCAAGAAACGCCUCAUCCGGGUCACCAUGCUGUUCUUCGUCGCGCUCAGCUCCAUCAUCCAGUGCAUCGUGCUGAUGCCGUUCCUCCAGUGGUACGUGUGGUCGAAACUCGCCCCGACGUGCGACAGCCAGCAGUGCGCCGCGAAACAGAACUGUCACCAGUUUAUCAACUGCUUUACGUCGCCCACUUCAACGGUUGGCACGGAUCGGUGGGCGUACAUUCUGUGCCAGGGCGUGAUCUUGGGCUUGCUCAUUGACACGGUGUUCUACGAGCUCUUCAACUGGUUCUCGUCCAAGUUUGUGUUGUGGGAAAACAUUCGGAAGAAGUCCGAGUUUGAAAACCGGUUGAUCCAUCGCAAGUUUGUCUUUGUCUGGAGCAACUGGUUUUUUUGGUUUCUCGCGCUCGCGUUCUUAUACCUUCCAUACGGCGACAAAGUGAAUGACGUGUAUGCGUAUUUAAAGCUGGAUUGGGCGAUUGCGUACCAAUGGAACCCAACGCUGCUGACGCUGGACACGCUCUUCGUCACGCCACUCGUGGUCACGCAACUCCUGAACAUGGUGCUGGAAACAUGGCUGCCCUAUGUGAUCCGCAUCAUCAAGGGAAAGCCCAUGUCGUGCCGGAACUGGACUUCAUCGUGGUUUUCGAGUCUUGAUUGCAACAAGCAGCGCAAGGCCCGGAAACGCAAACACCGCAUGGAGACAAACAUGGCAGCGCACAAACUCGCCGACGAAGUGUCCCGCACGACGCGGUUCUUUGUGCCCGUCUUGGGCUAUUCGGACGACUCGAACGAGUAUACAGCGUAUCAAAUUUUGGCUGAAUCGAAGCUUCCCGUUUUCGACACGAGCUCCGAUUACUUGGACGCUUGUAUCCAAUUUUCAUACAUCCUCAUGUUUACAGUCGUUUGGCCACUCCUUCCAUUCCCUGCCUUUUGCAACAACGUGCUCGAGGUGCGAGGAGAUGCGUUUCGAUUGCUGUUUGGACAUCGCCGCCCCAUGCCCCGCCGCGAUGUGUCGAUUGGGGAGUGGGCAACAGUGCUCCAUUACGCCAACGUGAUGGCCAUCACGAUUGUGUCGAUUUUACUCGUCAUGUAUCAUUUCGGAGCGUAUGUGAGCUUGAGCGACGACAACCACUGCGAUUUCACCUUUGACAAUGCGUCGAUGGUGCCGUUCCAAAGCAUUGAAGUCGGCCUCGCUCGAUCGAGUGCCAACUGCAGGGGCAUGCUUGAGAAGUCAUGGUUCAAGCACCAAGUGCUCAUUUUCAUUGCGUUGGAGCAUAUUGGGUUUGGACUCCGGUACUUGGUGCUGCAACUGGACAAAACCCCCGCGGCGAUCUCGAACCCAUCGUAUUUGCGAUUGAAGCAAAUUCGGGAGCUCACGUCGCAGCGGACGGCCAACUCGACCGUGUUCAACUACAUCAGCGAGCUCCGUUGUGUGUACGACAAGUACGACUUGGACCACACCGACCACCUUCACGAACAUGCGCUCGUCCGAUUUUUGGCCGAAUGGAUGUCCAAGGAGCCGGCGGAGCUCGAGAAGCGAUCGGGGCUGAUCUUCCGCUACAUGGACAAGAACAAAGUGGGCAAAGUCCCGUUUUCCACGUGCUGCUUGAUGCUUCAACAUGCGCAUCACGACCGGUUCUUUUCCGCACUCUUGGGGAUAUACGACCACCUGGAUGACUUUCGCAACCAAGAAAUUCGGUUGAAUGAUGACCCGAUGAAGAUCCGCCGAGUACUUCGGGCCCAGUCCAUGGAAAGCCAAGAAACCCAACGCACAUCGCACGGCGAUAUCCUGACAACUCCAACUGCUCUUUCCAGCCUCUAG